AUGCCUUUUUCGGGAAGUCUAGCUGUUGAUCUGGUCGAUCCUAAGAUUUUACAUGGAUCACAGAUUUCUAUGUGCGAGCUUGAACACAUGAAGAAAUAUCCAAAUGCAAAGGUUAUAAGCCUCGGGAUAGGCAAUACCACGGAGCCGAUACCGGACAUUGUAGCUUCGAGCAUGGCUGAUUACGCACGUGCCCUUUCAACACCUGAAGGUUACUCAGGGUAUGGAGAUGAGCAAGGCAACAAGGCAUUAAGGAAAGCAAUCGCAGAAACUUUAUACAGAGGUCUACCAAUAAAAGACACAGAAGUUUUCGUAUCGGACGGUGCACAGUGCGACAUUUCUCGACUUCAGAUUCUUCUGGGUUCUGAUGUGUCCAUUGCUGUCCAGGAUCCUUCCUUUCCGGCUUACAUAGAUUCAAGUGUGAUAAUUGGGCAAGCAGGUGAUUUCCAAGAAGCAGUAGAGAAGUAUCAGAACAUUGAGUACAUGGAAUGUGGGCCCCAGAACAACUUCUUUCCUGACUUGUCAAGCACUCCAAGAACAGAUAUAAUCUUCUUCUGCUCUCCAAAUAACCCAACUGGUCAAGCAGCAUCAAGGCAGCAACUUGAAAAUCUAGUGAAAUUUGCAAGUGAGAAUGGAUCAAUUAUUGUGUAUGACUCUGCCUAUGCUGCUUUUAUUACUGAUGGAAGUCCUCGAUCCAUAUAUGAAAUUCCUGGGGCUAGAAAGGUUGCCAUUGAAGUUUCAUCCUUCUCCAAAGUAGCUGGAUUCACAGGUGUUCGUCUUGGCUGGACUAUAGUUCCCGAGGAGCUCUUAUUUUCAAAUGGGAUUCCAGUUAUAAACGACUUCAAUCGCAUUGUGUGCACCUGCUUUAAUGGUGCUUCCAGUGUGGCUCAGGUUGGUGGUCUGGCCAGUCUUUCCUCUCAAGGCUUCAAGGCUGUGCUCUCUGUGGUUGAUUACUACAAGGAGAAUGCAAAAAUACUGGUUGACACAUUCACUUCACUGGGCUUAAAGGCAUAUGGAGGUGUGAAUGCACCUUAUGUUUGGGUACAUUUUCCAGGCUCAAGCUCUUGGGAUGUGUUCAGUGAUAUACUUGAGAAGACACACAUAAUCACUGUUCCAGGAAGUGGGUUUGGUCCUGGUGGUGAAGAGUACAUAAGGGUCACUGCUCUUGGACACAGAGACUCUAUGCUAGAGGCCUCCACAAGGCUAAGAACCCUUUUCCCAUAG